CUUAACUAUAUCUAGAACAGGCACCGAAAGUCACACAUUUCUUGCACAUCAGUUCGGAGGAUUGUUAUUAUGUGAUUUGUGUUGGUUUUUAUAAUGAUUGACUUCUAUAAAUUAAAGGUAUGGUUAAUGUGGCCGCAAAUGCGUGCCCAUCUCUGCACUCUGGCCGUUGCAUACAGUUUGAACAGCACGUGGCGCAUUCCUCGAGAUGGCUUCCGUUAUGGCGGAGUGGCUUAUGGUCUUGUGUUGACGUUGGCAAUGCUCAUAGUGGCUUUACCAGCCGUCAUUCUACAAUUGGCCACUGGACAAUUGAGCCAGCAAGACGCUGUUGGUGUAUGGCGAGCAGUGCCUUUCUUUAAAGGUAUUGGAUACAUCAGACUCCUAAUAUCUUACAUCGGCGCUGUGUGCGCAAUUAUUUACUUGGCGGUGUCGGCUAUGAUUUUUAUGUUCACACUAAACAAUACAAUACCAUUUAGUGAUUGUAUAGAGGUUGUGGAUGAUGGCGGUCAAGACUUGGAAGUUAUCCAAAAUGCUACAUUGUGCUUCAAUCAAACAAUCUUGGCCCCGAUUAGUGAAAAACCAGAAUAUUACACCGCAUUAGUAUUGGUAAUUGUUUUCCUUUGGAUUCUCUUUCCUUUCCUACUAUAUAGUCCAGUUAAAUCUAUGAAGAGAAUUUUCUACACAUUGGGGCCAGCUUUACAAGUAUUGUGGAUUAUCAUAGUAUGUUGUAUCGGAGAUAAGACUGGAUUAGCUUGGUUAAGCAAGAGAGAGGAUUGGGCGAAUUUCUUAAAGCCUGAGAUAUGGAAUAUUGCCAUUUCUCGCGCAUUGUUGGCGGCUCAAGUAGCUGGUGGCUACUUAAUAUCCGCUGGGGAUUCAAUUUAUGCAAAUUCGGAUGUGGAAUGGACACCAAUUUCAUUCGUCGGUAUAAAUAUUGUGACAAUUUGGUUUGGUCUUACUAUUUGGUUUGCUCUCGGAAGUAAUGAAAAUGAUACUUCAAAUUUUUCUGUACUCGCACAAACAUAUAAUAUUACUGUAAAUAAAAAUCUUAGCGCAAUUUGGCCCCUACUUAUAUUUGCGACUUUGUUUUUAUCUGGAAUAAUUAGCAUGAUAUCUUUGCUAUAUCCCAUCUAUGAUCGUUUCCGUCGUAUCGGUGGAUACAGGUGGCGCUACAUUUCAGUAUGCAGUUCUCUAGUUGGUUCCGGGAUAGCCGCCGCAGCACUCAUUGACAACUCCAUGCUAACUAUGUUGGAAGACACUAUACUCCCGUUCCUCAUUAACUUUACAACUGCUAUUGAAAUAUUGGUUUUUGUUUUCAUAUACGGUUGGAAGGUACUUUCAGAAGACGUAGAAUUUUUGGCUGGCAGACAAUUGAUGAAGUAUUGGGUGUGGGGUUGGUGGGCUGCACCUGGAAUUCUUAUUCCAUUUCUAAUUUGGUGGUACAUCGUCAGGUUUCUAGACGAUCCCCUGUGGAACGAGCCGCCUUGGGACUCCACUGCCCUUAUCGUCGCGACUUCAAUAUUUGGCCUUGUUUUAAUAAUAUUUGCCACAUUUUCCGUUGCCAGACAAGUGCAGUACGAUAUUAUUGGGAAGUUAAAAUCAUCAUUUAGACCCUCGCGGCAUUGGGGUCCAAGAGAUCCCAUAGCUCACUAUUAUUGGCUAGCGAGGCGGGAACAGCUGGAUUACCAAGGGCCCAGGUCUCGGUAUCGCAGGAGGCAGUUGGGGCAGUUUUCGGGAACAUCGAGUAUCUUAAGUAUUUCUAAAUUACAAGAAGUCAGCAGUGGCACAUCGGUUGAAGUGAAACGACGAUCCAACUCGGACGAUUGGUUGUAUAGUUAUAGAAAGGAUUAUCUGUCAGAAAUGUUUGACAUUCACUAUCCCAACAAAAGGCGAUCGAAGUCUUUAGACUGGGCGAUCCCGCACAUAGUACCCAAUGGAGGAUACAAGAAGUAUGAUAAUACACCGAGUUGCGAUACUACUCCCAGUGAUUCUUAUGUUACCGUUGAGAAUAUCCCCGUCUCCAAUACUUAAAGGACAUUAAAGAUUGCUACUAUAUUUAAUUUAAAUAUUGUGAAUGUCUAGUCACGACUAUUAGUUUUAGUGAAUGUUUUAAGUACCUCAUAAUUUACUAUCUAAAUUCUAAGUUAGUUUGAUUAAAGUUAUAAUAGAAUGAU